CCACUCUACCUAUCUCUCAUCUCAUCACGUAGAUCUUACUCAUCGACAACGAAACGUUGGGCCUCCAACCAAGUACAGCAAUAAUUCUGUCAUAGGUUCCGCGGUUAUCACUCGGGCUGCUUGUCCUAUAAUCGUCACAACCUCUUUUCAACCACAAUGGCUGAUUCAGCAAUGACCGGCACCACAGGCGAACCCUUCACCCUCGAAGAACGCAUCCAACAGCUCUGUGAAAUCGACACAAGCAUAGUCCAGCUCAUGCACCACACCUCCUCCGCCAUGUCCGCCCUUGGCGCCCAAAAGACCCCUGAAAUAAAACCCGAGCAGCAGAAGCAGACGUUCAAGUCGUCCAUGGACGCCCUCCUCUCCACCCUGCACACUGUCGACGUCCACAUGAAACGCCAGAUCAUGGGGCUCGAGGAGGCCGGCAUCAUCAAGCUCCGCGGCGAAGGCGGCGGCAGCGGCGGUCCCGGCGAGAAGAGCGUCGGCGGCCGCCAGGUCGUCAUGAACGAGGACGCAAAGAUCGUCGCCAGGCCCUCCCUCGAACCCAAUGGCGUCGGCACCAUUGGCAACCUCGACGUCGGCUGGCUCAACAGCCGCAACAACAAGGUCGAGCGUGAUAUGGAGGCCGAGCUGUGGGCCAAGAUGAGGGAGUUCCUCGAGAGAUACCACUCGCAGGAGCAAGAAGCCAGCGGGGAGGUCAGCAAGAUGCAGCAGUGAGAAUCGCAAUCUCGAAACCGGCCAUGAGAGAGGCAAAAGAUGAGACUGGCAGCUAGGCCUGCCGACGGGUUCCGCACCAUGGCAGCACAAAGAAUAACGGCGAAAGAUUUUGAACCAAAUAUACCCGAUACCCACCCUUCUUCAUUUCCACGCUGAGUGGCUAUGAAUCAGGGUUCUCAUAGGACGAACGAAUGGUCAAGGAUAGCUCAUACCGGCACACGAGGAAUCCGGCACCUGCAUAGAAUGAAUGAUACUUCAAU